AUGGCUGAGGACAGCGAGACUCUCGCUUGUAUACUCGUGCUCAUCUCCGGCAAUGGCUCCAACCUGCAAGCUCUGAUCGACGCUUGCAAUACGCCCAGAUUACCCUCCAGUAAGAUCAUCCGAGUUAUUUCCAAUCGCAAAGAUGCCUAUGGUCUUAUUCGAGCCCACAAUGCUUCAAUACCAACCACGUAUCAUAAUCUGGUCAAGUACAAGAAGCAACAGGCUGCUAAUGAAGCCGGCAUUCUACGUGCUCGAGUAGCGUACGACCAAGAUCUUGCACAAAUGAUCAUCGAGGAGAAACCGGAUCUGGUGGUCUGUGCAGGCUGGAUGCAUAUUCUCUCCUCUGCCUUUGUGGAUGCAUUGGAGGAGGCGCACAUCGCCAUCAUCAACCUACAUCCUGCGCUGCCGAGACAGUUCAAUGGGGCUGGUGCGAUCCAUCGUGCUUACGAGGCAUUUCAGAAAGGCGAGAUAGAUCAUACUGGAGUAAUGAUACAUCACGUCGUCAGCGAGGUUGACAUGGGAGAGCCCAUCGUUACGAAGGAGGUCCCCAUGAUAAAGGGAGAGUCUGAGGAGGAAUUGGAGAGUAGGAUACACGAGGUGGAAUGGGGCUUGAUCGUGGAGGGAACUGCAAGGGCGCUACGGCAGAUAAAAGCUCGGAGGACGUCUUGA